GAAUCCCCGCCCACGGCUUCCAUUUCUGUUCUGGAACACACGAGCCCUCGCGAAGAAUACACAUUUGCUUUGCUUUUUUGAAUUUGUCUUCUAAUGUAAAUAGAGUAGUAAGUGCGACAUAUUGACGAAGUGAAACCUAUUUAUAUUUGAAUAAAUAGUGUUGUUUUUUUCCGCUAAAGGACACGUUUGAGCUCCAGAAGAAGCGAGGCGGGCUUUUAUUCCCCAUUUUAACUUUAGUGAGCGGCGUUUUCCGCCGUUUUUUUUAUUCCCUCCCCUGCCCCUCUCUCUCGCUCCCCCCCUGUGAGAGUCGAGGCCUGUAACUGUUAGUGCAGCCACGAGGCGCGUCGGACCACCGGGAAUCAGGCGAUGGCGGAGUUUGGUAACGGACUGGCAGAGGAAUCUCUGCUGGACUCAGACCCGGGACACUCAGAACUUGAAGACCCAGGCGUCGGAGAUGAAGAACCUGGAUUAGACGAGGGAGAGGCCGCUAUUGAAGAUCCGGAGCUGGAGGCAAUUAAAGCCCGGGUGAGAGAGAUGGAGGAGGAGGCAGAGAAACUGAAGGAGCUACAGAACGAGGUGGAGAAACAGAUGAAUCUCAGUCCUCCACCUGCUGGCCCUGUCAUUAUGUCCAUUGAAGAGAAGAUGGAAGCAGAUGGGAGAUCUAUUUAUGUUGGAAAUGUGGAUUAUGGUGCGACGGCAGAGGAGUUGGAGGCGCAUUUCCAUGGCUGUGGUUCCGUAAACAGAGUCACCAUCUUGUGUGACAAGUUUACAGGACACCCCAAAGGGUUUGCAUAUAUAGAGUUCGCAGACAAGGAGUCUGUUAGGACCGCUAUGGCACUGGAUGAGUCUUUAUUCAGAGGAAGGCAGAUUAAGGUUGGGGCCAAGAGAACAAAUCGUCCUGGCAUUAGCACCACAGACCGCGGUUUUCCUCGGGCCCGAUUCCGCUCACGGGGAGGAGGAAACUUCUCAUCCCGUGCGCGCUACUACAGUGGCUACACACCUCCCAGAGGCAGAGGACGGGCCUUCAGGUUUCAGGACCAGUGGAGGCUGACUACCCCUCCUCCCGUGGCUGCGGCACCCCCUACAGUCUCGGCGGCGUCUCUGUCUCUUUCUGCUCCCGCUAUGCACACUCACCCCAUCCUCUCCAUGUGGGGGGGUGGGGGAGGUGGACAGGGCGACCACCGGCCCACUGCGGGAGGCAUUUAUUACAAUAACAAGCGCUGAGCUUUACCAACAUGAAUAUACUGAGAUGCACCAGGCCCAUGUUAACACAGACAUACAGACACACCGCAUACACUGCACACAUCCACCACAAAUUUAUAUAUCAUGAAGGCAGAGCCAUGAUAGAGCAAUGGCUGCUUAAAUUGCGAGUGAGUGAGAGAGGCAGGACUAGAAAGAGCUUGAAG